AAGGAUGUGAGGCGGGCGGGCAGCGCAGCCGCCGCCGCCGCCGCCGUGGCAUGCGCUCCCCCGGCAGGAGCCGUCGGCGCGGCGCGUAGCCGCGGCUCCGCGGGGCGAUGCUGCCCUGGAAGCGGAGCAAGGUGGAGCUGGUCGCGGGCGAGGCGCGGCGGCAGAGCAAGCCCAAGGGCUACGCGGUGAGCGUGCACUACUCGGCGCUCACCUCGCUGGCCCGCGCCUGCCCCGAGAGCGCGCUGCACCGCGUGGGCAGCAUGUUCCGCUCCAAGAGGCGGAAAUUCCGCGUGACCAGCGAGGACCCCACGUACACCGUGCUCUACCUGGGCAACGCCACCACCAUCCAGUCCAAGGGCGAGGGCUGCACCGAUCUCGCCGUUUGCAAGAUCUGGAGCAAGAGCGAGGCGGGUCGCCAGGGCACCAAGAUGAAACUGACCAUCAGCGCGCAGGGCAUCCGCAUGGCCCACGCCGAGGACAAGGGGCUGCGGCGGCCCGGCCACCUCUACCUGCUGCACCGCGUCACCUACUGCGUGGCCGACCCGCGCCUGCCGCGCGUCUUCGCCUGGAUCUACCGGCACGAGCUGAAGCACAAGGCGGUGAUGCUGCGCUGCCACGCCGUGCUCGUCUCCAAGCCCGAGAAGGCGAAAGCCAUGGCCCUGCUGCUCUACCAGACCUCGGCCACGGCGCUGGCCGAGUUCCGCCGCCUGAAGAAGCGGGACGACGCGCGGCACCAGCAGCAGCAGCUGGUGGGCGAGCAGAGCAUCCCGCUGGUGCCGCUGCGCAAGCUGCUUAACGGGCAGUGCUGCUACAAGCCGCCGGUGGAGCGGAGCCGCAGCGCGCCCAAGCUGGGCUCCAUCACGGAGGACCUUCUGGGCGAGGAGCAGGAGGAGCGCGCCAUGCACUGCGACUGCGAGGACAUCCUGGAGGCGCUGGGCGAGCCCGAGGGGGAGCUGCUGCGUGCCGGCGCGGGCCGCGGGGAGGGCCCGGAGCUCGGCCGGCUGCUGCGCGACCUGGGCGAGCUCAGCCUGGGCAACGACCUGCGCUCGCUGCGCGCCGACCUCGGCGUCCGGCGGCUGCUCUCGGGGGAGAGCACGGGCAGCGAGUCCUCCUUGGAGAGCACCGGCCCCGACGGCGCCGCCCCGCCCUGCAACGGCGCCGAUCAGCCGCCCCCCGGCGACCCGGAGAGCGGAUGAGCGCCGGGGGGGGGGGGGACCGCUCGGCAGCGCUCGGGUCCUUCCGGGAGCGCGCGGCUCCCCGGAGCGCACCGGCUGCAACCCGGGAACUCGCGGCCCCCUGCGCCGGCGGCGCGCGGUCCCUACCGGCAGCCCGCGGCUUCACCGGGGGGGCACCGCAUCCGCUCUGCCGGCAGCGCGUGGUGCUCCCCGGGAGCUCCCGGUUCCGCUGGGGAGCGCCGGGGGCCCUCCGCCGGCAGCGCGCGGCCUCGCCGGGGAACGUCGGAUCCUCUCCGCCGGCAGCGCACGGUCCCUCCGGGAGCGCGCGGCUCCUCCGGCCCCUCCCGGUCCCUCCGAGCGCGCCGUGGCCCCGCGGCGCCGCCGUGGCCCGCGGACGGGAGGUGUCUGCGGGCUGUUUACCUCCUUCCCGGCCCUUGAAGAUCUGCCAAAUUCCUGGAAUAGCUUUCCCCGGGGAGGGAGGGAGGGAGGUGUUGCGCCUUGUUUACAGUUAGAAAUCUCACAUCCGAGGGGGGGGUGGGUGCCGUUUUCUACAUUAAAGUCACUCCAUCGUGCUGUCGUGUCCGAGAGGUUUGCACUGUUGUGAAUUUCUUUUUUAUGACCGUUUUUAAUUUAGACCCUUUUUUGGGCCCCGGUCCUCCCCGGUCUCAGUGCUCUAGAUCUUUUGCUGUGCAAAAGAAGAACUCUACUCGUGGCUGUUCACCUGUACAUAAUGGAAAUGUAUGCAAAUACAUUUGGUUAUUUUUAAGAACACCACCAUCGCGAUCUCCUCUGUUUGCACAUACGUGACGAAAAUAAAGAUGACAGUAAUUUAAAAGAA